CGCGCCGCGGCAUCACCCACUGUCUCUCGCGCGCCUGUCUGGCCGCGGGGAAGAGGAGCGUCGAUCGACGCCGCCCGUGCGUGAUGACGCACGUGCGCGCGCGCGCAGACGUGAGGACGCAGGCGGGCCGUAGAGAGCGUUCAGCUGUCUGUAUACCUGCCUGGAUCCCACAUUUCCCCCUCACUGGGUUGGCAUCUAACCAUGCAACGGAGACCAAGAGGACUGAAUGCUGGGCUUAUUCUGCUCCUUUCUCAAAUCUUCCAUGUUGGCAUCAAUAAUAUUCCACCUGUCACCCUGGCUACUUUGGCUGUCAACAUCUGGUUCUUCCUGAGUCCUUUGAAGCCAGUGUAUAGCUCCUGCCUUAGCGUGGAGAAAUGUUACCAGGAGAAAGACUGGCAGCGCUUGCUGCUCUCCCCCUUUCACCACGCGGACGACUGGCAUCUGUAUUUCAAUAUGGUGUCCAUGCUAUGGAAAGGAAUACAUCUGGAAAGAAGACUAGGAAGCCGAUGGUUUGCCUAUGUUAUCACCACGUUCUCCCUACUCACUGGCGUGGUGUACCUUUUCUUGGAAUUUGCUUUUGCAGAGUGUAUGGGUGAGCCCGACUUCAAAAGGAGUUGUGCUGUAGGUUUCUCAGGAGUUUUGUUUGCUUUGAAAGUUCUUAACAACCAUUAUUUCCCUGGAGGCUUUGUCAACGUUUUGGGCUUUCCUGUACCCCACAAAUUUAGUUGUUGGGCAGAACUUGUGGCUAUUCAUUUAAUCACUCCAGGGACCUCCUUCGCCGGGCACCUGGCCGGGAUCCUCGUUGGACUCAUGUACAUUCACGGGCCUCUGAAGAAAAUCAUGGAAACAUGUGCAGGCAUUUUUUCCUCCAAUAAUGGCUACCCAGGACAGCAAUACUACUUUAAUAAUUCAGGCUACUCUGGAUAUCAGGAUUAUUACCCAUAUGGCAGGCCCGGUUACCAGGAACACGUACGCAGAAACUAUGAUGCCUAUACAGCAGGACUGAGUGAGGAGGAACAGCUGGAGAGAGCACUGAGAGCCAGCCUCUGGGACCGAGGCAACAGCAGGAACACCUCCCCGUCCUAUGGGUUCCAGCUGCCAACAGAAGAAGAAAUGAGAACACGGCUUCACAGAUUCGACCGCCAGUGAGGAUGCGCGCAGCAUCCCGGCAAACAGCGGUGGUGUAAUUACUGCCCGUGUGGUUCCCUCCCAAACCCUGAUGACUGUAAACAGAAGCAGAGGGCGGGUUAUGGUCCAGACAGCUCAGAUCUGCCUUGCCCGUCUGUCUCCCGUGGCCCCAGGAGCCUAGAGUCCCAGACAGGCUGGUUGCCCUGAAACCAGCCUUGCUCCACAGCCUCCUGCGAGCGGCCUUUCUUCUGGCCUUGCUUUCUCACAGACAAGGUCAGUGCCUCCAUGUAAGGACCAGUUUCCACACUCCUUUCUCUCGCUGUUGACUCCACGGCUCCUCUGCCUUGUUUUGUUUUUGAGGACUCUGACCUUCACCAGGAGAUUUGUCCCACCAGCUCCAGCUCCUAAGAUGGGGCUUUAUUCCACCUGGCCUGCUCCGUGUUUGACUUUGCAGGAAGUUAGGAGUCGUGCCUCCUGGCAUGUUGCCAUGGCGACUUCCCAGGACCAGGAUGUGGCUCCCACCGCACUGUGUUCCUAUCUCCUUGUGCAGGAACCCCAGCUCCUUGGGCCCCUGCAUCUGGGUGGUGCUGGCAGUGCACUUGUUUGGUCUCGUAUUGCUCGGCCUUACAGUGUGUCUGACAGAAAAGCUUUAGUGAGAUCAGGUGGGGAAAGCGCACUCAAUGGACAUCAGGAGGCACCAGCCUGGGGCAGCCUCCCUAGUGGCCGUCUGCGUGCCUGGGAUGGGACUGGUAUUUAACCCGUCAGCAAAGCAGCAGGUGCCACAUGCAGAGCAGAGCCAGGGUGUCCGCGGUGUGUUCACUGAGAAAUCGCACAGGAGGAAGCCUUUUCUCAUCAAAGUGCCUUUUCAUUGGCCACUGCAAUAGCCACUUGUCUACUCAAGUGUCCAAGACACUCCCCUGCUGUCUGGCCAAUCAGUUAAGUGCUUCCUGGUGCUUCUGUUUUGUGAAAAGGACAGUCGAUAUCACUGAUGUCUUAGUCACUGAGAUAUUUAUUUUUUAAGAGUUGGAAGCAGAAAAAUAUCUAUUUCAAUUUGUCUAAGAUUUGUAUAGAGUUUUCUGAUUAUGAAAGUAAUAUACAUGUCCCUUGUAUAUGGAUAAAGCAAACAUGUUAUGGAAGAAGAUAAGCCACAUGUUAACAGAGGUUAUUUUGGGGAGCGGAGCAAAAAGGAUUUUGCUUUCUGAUUUUUAUAAUUUUAUAUUGCUCUUUUAAACAUGUAUUUAUAUAUAUGUGUGUGUAU